AUGGCACAUGCAGCUGCCCAUCUGAAGAAGGCCCGUGAGCUUGAGCAACAUCCAGAAUAUAGAGCUCUGCAGAAAGCCAGGGAGAGGAGGAAAAGGAAGCGGGAAAAGGCUAAACGUCAGUCCGACAGUAACACCAGUUUUCUUCGGGCUGCCCGUGCCGGCAACACUGACAAAGUCCUUGAAUUCCUCAAAAAUGGAGUAGACAUCUGCACUUGCAACCAGAAUGGGCUCAACGCAUUACACCUGGCAGCCAAGGAGGGACACAAAGAAUUAGUAGAAGAACUGUUACAACGAGGAGCCUCAGUCGACUCUUCGACCAAGAAGGGAAACACUGCCCUCCAUAUUGCCUCGCUGGCUGGACAAAAAGAAGUAGUUAGACUGCUGGUGAACAGAGGGGCAGAUGUGAAUGCUCAGUCACAGAAUGGCUUCACUCCACUCUACAUGGCAGCCCAAGAAAAUCAUUUGGAGGUGGUGCGAUACUUGCUGGAAAAUGAGGGAAACCAAAGCAUUGCAACUGAAGAUGGCUUUACCCCUCUGGCCAUCGCCCUCCAACAGGGCCACAACUCAGUGGUCUCGCUGCUUCUGGAGCAUGACACCAAGGGUAAGGUUCGCCUGCCCGCCUUGCACAUAGCGGCCCGCAAAGACGACACCAAGUCUGCUGCUCUCCUGCUCCAGAAUGACCAUAACGCUGAUGUGCAAUCCAAGAGCGGUUUCACCCCGCUGCACAUUGCAGCUCACUACGGUAACGUCAAUGUCUCCACACUGCUGCUAAACAGAGGAGCUGCCGUUGACUUUACAGCCCGGAAUGAGAUAACUCCUCUCCAUGUUGCUUCCAAGAGAGGAAAUACCAACAUGGUGGCUUUACUGUUGGAUCGAGGAGCUCAGAUAGAUGCUAAAACGAGGAACGGACUGUCUCCACUCCAUAUGUCAGCCCAGGGAGAUCACAUAGAGUGUGUAAAACUUCUGCUACAGCACAAGGCACCUGUUGAUGAUGUCACACUGGAUUACCUGACAGCACUACAUGUUGCUGCUCACUGUGGCCACUACAGAGUCACCAAACUCCUCUUGGACAAAAAGGCUAACCCUAACGCAAGGGCAUUGAAUGGAUUUACUCCUCUCCAUAUAGCUUGUAAGAAGAAUCGAGUGAAGGUGAUGGAACUGCUUAUUAAAUAUGGCGCUUCCAUCCAGGCCAUUACAGAGUCCGGACUGACGCCCAUCCAUGUAGCAGCUUUCAUGGGUCACCUCAACAUCGUUCUGCUGCUGUUGCAGAAUGGAGCCUCUCCUGAUAUCCGCAACAUUCGCGGGGAGACAGCACUCCACAUGGCGGCACGGGCCGGUCAGAUGGAAGUGGUCCGCUGUUUGUUGAGAAAUGGAGCUCUGGUGGAUGCUAUGGCCAGGGAGGACCAGACACCUCUCCACAUUGCUUCUCGUUUGGGUGAAACCGAUAUUGUUCAGCUUCUGCUGCAGCACAUGGCCCACCCAGACGCUGCCACCACCAAUGGUUACACUCCUCUACACAUUUCAGCCAGGGAGGGUCAGGUAGAGACGGCGGCUGUGCUUCUGGAGGCCGGGGCCUCACACUCACUGGCCACUAAGAAGGGAUUCACACCCUUACAUGUAGCAGCAAAAUAUGGAAGCCUUGAUGUAGCUAAACUUCUCCUUCAACGGAAGGCACUUCCUGACGACGCUGGCAAGAAUGGCCUGACUCCAUUACAUGUAGCAGCUCAUUAUGACAACCAGGAGGUGGCUCUGCUGCUGCUGGAUAAGGGAGCUUCACCAUAUUCCACUGCAAAGAAUGGCUACACCCCACUUCACAUCGCAGCCAAAAAAAACCAGACCAACAUCGCAGUAGCACUGCUGCAGUACGGAGCGGAGACCAAUGUUCUGACCAAACAGGGAGUCAGUCCCCUGCACUUGGCAGCCCAGGAAGGACAUGCUGAUAUGGUCAGCCUACUCCUGCGCAAAGGAGCUCAUGUCAACACUGCAACCAAGAGUGGACUUACAGCUUUGCAUCUAGCAGCCCAGGAGGAGAGGGUGAAUGCAGCAGAGGUUCUGGCCAAACAUGAUGCAAACCUGGACCAGCAGACAAAACUUGGAUAUACUCCUCUAAUAGUGGCAUGUCAUUAUGGAAAUCUGAAAAUGGUUAACUUCCUGCUACAGCAGGGUGCCAGCGUCAAUGCCAAAACCAAGAACGGGAACACCGCUCUGUCCAUCGCUAAACGCCUGGGUUACAUCUCUGUGGUGGACACACUGAAAGUCGUCACAGAAGAGAUCAUCACCACCACAACGACGGUGACAGAGAAACACAAACUCAACGUUCCUGAGACAAUGACGGAGAUCCUAGAUGUAUCAGAUGAGGAAGUUCUGAAGGUGGAUGAUGAACCAUUAUCUGACAUGAUUGUUUCCCUGGAAGGUGAGGAUACAAUGACGGGGGAUGGAGGGGAAUACCUGAGAGCAGAGGACAUAUGGAAACUGCAGGACGAUUCUCUGGACAGCUUCAGCUACAUGAACUAUUCCUUGGACAGGACCCAGCACACUCCUAUUCACCAAAGUUUUAAUCAGAGAGAUGAAGUUCUCAUUGAAGAUAUCCUGAAGAGCCACCAGGUAUCAGCAUUGUCUAGAGAGCAUGACAAGGAAUCUUUCCGACUGAGCUGGGGUGCUGAACACCUCGAUAACGUCAUGCUGCCUCCUAGUCUGCUGCACUCUGGCUUCCUGGUAAGCUUUAUGGUUGAUGCAAGGGGCGGAGCCAUGCGGGGGUGCCGUCACAACGGCCUACGGAUCAUCGUGCCGCCAAGGAAGUGUUCGGCACCUACUCGUGUGACUUGCAGGCUGGUUAAGAGACAUCGCUUGGCUUCAAUGCCCCCCAUGGUGGAGGGCGAGGGGCUUGCUGGUCGAAUCAUAGAGGUUGGACCAACUGGAGCUCAGUUCCUCGGUAAGCUCCACCUUCCCACCGCUCCGCCCCCUCUGAAUGAGGGCGAGAGCCUGGUCAGUCGCAUCCUGCAGCUGGGUCCUCCAGGAACAAAGUUCCUCGGGAUUAAGCAGGAUAGCCAUCUGAUUGGUCCAGACGGUGGCGUGCUCAGUAGUACUCUAGUACCCCAGGUCCAGGCGGUCUUCCCCGAAGGCGCCCUCACCAAGAAGAUCAGAGUUGGGCUACAGGCUCAACCAAUUGAUGAAGAGCUUGUGAAAAAGAUUCUUGGCAACAAAGCCACUUUUAGCCCAAUUGUUACAUUAGAGCCGAGACGGAGGAAGUUCCAUAAACCGAUCACCAUGACUAUCCCCAUCCCAAAAACCUCCAACACUGAUGGACCUAAUGCUGUGUUUAGUGGAGAGACUCCCACUUUACGUUUGCUUUGCAGUAUAACAGGUGGAACCACACCUGCCCAAUGGGAGGAUAUCACUGGCUCCACACCACUCACUUUUGUUAACCAAUGUGUUUCCUUCACUACCAAUGUGUCAGCAAGGUUCUGGCUCAUAGACUGCAGACAGAUCCAGGAGUCUGUUAAUUUUGGAACACAGCUCUACAGAGAACUCAUCUGUGUACCCUACAUGGCUAAGUUUGUCAUCUUUGCCAAAACGCUGGAUCCAAUAGAGGCACGGUUGCGUUGUUUCUGCAUGACAGAUGACAAGAUGGACAAAACCUUGGAGCAGCAGGAAAACUUCACUGAAGUAGCGCGUAGCCGAGAUGUUGAGAUUCGUGAUACUGCCCAGGAGCCCUGUGGUCGCUUGUCCUUCACCAAGGAACCCCGCACAUACCGAAGCCUUCAUCACAAUGCUAUCUGCAACCUUAACAUCACUCUUCCUACCUACUCAAAGGACCCUGAUUCAGACCAAGACGGGGAAGACGAGAGUGAGAAGAGUGAUAAGAAAUCUGACUGGCAGGAUGACAUUGACAGGAAAGAGGAAACAUUGACAAUAAUUGCAGAUCUUCUUGGAUUCAGCUGGACAGAGCUGGCAAGGGAACUGGAAUUCAGCGAGGAUGAUAUUCAGCGAGUAAGAAUAGAGAAUCCUAAUUCCCUGCAAGAGCAGAGUCAUGCCUUGCUGCAAAGAUGGGUUGAGCGCGAAGGCAAACAUGCCACAGAGGACUGUCUGAUAAAAAGACUAACGAAGAUCAACCGUAUGGAUAUUGUCCAUCUCAUUGAAACCCAGAUGAGCAAGUCAAUUCAAGAGCAAACUUCAAGGACCUAUGCAGAGAUAGAAAAGACCCUUGAUCACAGCGAAGUCUCAGUAGCCCUAUCUUCAGUUCAAGAUGAUACAGACAGCCCCAGAAUUGUGAGGAGGGUAGAGUCAGACCGGAGACCACCCCCAGCCGUCUCUGAAGAAGACCUCUCAGUUGCUUCCUUACUGGACAUCCCUUCAUGGGCAGAACCUGCAGGACAAACCCGUUCGGAGAGCAUUCAUGGGGAUUUAUUGGAGGAGCUCGAAAUCCCACAGUAA